AUGGAAAAUGCAAGAAUCGAAGAGCUUCCGUGCUCAGUUGACGGACUAACGAAGCUGACGCAUUUGUCUCUAAGCAGAUGCUCUCUGAUAAAGGAACUUCCAUGCUUACUCGGGGAAUUAGGAGCAUUGGUGGAGUUGCAUUUGUCAUCAUCAAGUAUAGUCAACCUGCCUGAAGAAACUGAGGGCGAUUGGGAUCGACUAUACAAAGAUAAGAAUAUUUCCAGACACCAUCGGAUUGGUCAAGAUGCUCGAAGAAUUCCUCUCUCUUCUCUUUAUAUUCGCAAACCCCUCUUUUCUUUCAUUCACAAUAAGACCUUGAAAACAUUGCAGAUCAGCCAUUCUCAAAGCUACAAUUUCCAUGGCCACCCCCAUGAGAGCCAUCAUUUGGGUGUCUCAAUUAGAAGGACAAUCAUUGUACGACCGAAAACAUUGCAACCUCCAAAGCUCCUCAAUCUCUCUAACCUGGACAGACAGUGUCCAGCUCUCAUGUACUUGGUCUUCUUUUAUAAACCACAUCUCAAUAGUAACUUUUCCAAGAAUGAAAUUUCACUUGGUCUUGUGUUUGAUAGCUUAAGAUUUGACCUAGAAGAGACAUUAUCAGUGUGGUAUCCAGCUGCUGGUAGGCUCAGCUUGAACCCAGAAGAUGGGAAGCUCAAUCUUUGGUGCAACAAUGAAGGUGUGGUUUUAGCUGAAGCUGUCGCUCAAGUGAAGGUUUCAGAUCUUGGAGAUCUAUCACAAUACAAUGAGUUCUUUGAGAAGUUGGUCUACAAGCCUGACUUUGAUGGGGACUUGUCCAAGAUGCCUCUAGUUGUUGCUCAGGUAACUCUAUUUGAAUGCGGAGGCUAUUCCAUAGGAAUGGGUACAAGCCACUCAUUAUUUGACGGACCUGCCGCAUACGACUUUCUUCAUGCCUGGUCUUCAAAUUCUGCAGUUACCAAAGAAAAGGGAUAUCGUCUUGAGAUUAAUAUGCCGGUGCAUGACCGAGGUAGGCUAUUGCUUCUGAAUCCUCAGAAACAAGUGGCAAUCGCUAACCCAGUGAAAAGUGCUGCUGCUAUAGAUCAUUUAUAUCAAUUGAUAAUGCAAUCAGCCGUGAAUCAGAACAUCUUGUCUGAUGUGAAGAGUUCGAGUUUGGUUCCCAAGACUUUUGAUUUGAGCGGGGAGUUCAUAGAAAGCAUAAAAGGGGAGUUGUGCAAGGGGAUGAAUGGCAGCUUCUCAUGUUCAACCUUUGAGGCGGUUUCAGCUCACCUGUGGAAGGCAAGGACCAAGGCUUUUGGACUACACAAAGGAACACUGGUGUGCCUCCAAUUUGCAGUGGACACAAGGAAUAGGCUGUCGCCUCCGCUCCCGAAGGGUUUCAGCGGCAAUGCAUACGUGCUCGCCUCGGUGGCGUUAACGGCCGGAGAACUGAUGGAAUCGAGCCAUGCAGACAUAAUCAAGAAGAUAAAGGCCAAAAGAUCUGUGAAUGAUGAAUACGUGACGGCGUACAUGAAAGCACUCGAAGGGCCACCAGCUUCCUUGCCUCCAUUGAAGGAGCUGACCCUUGUGUCUGACUGGACCAGAAUGCCAUUCCACAAGGUUGGUUUCCUCAGUGAAGAAGCAGCCUAUGUUUCCCCUUUGGUCCCUCCAAUCCCACAAGUUGCUUACUUGAUGCAAAACCCUAGUGAUGAUCACCUAGGGAUUCAUGUGAGGCUAGGUUUGCCCCCGGGAAUCUUAAGUGCUUUCCCCGGAUACUUCCUCUCGGUAAACCUAUAAAACAGGUUGGCACCGGCAAAUCAAGGAAUCAAUUGAGUUUCGUGAUUAAGUUGUCAUGCAUCAUGUAGUCAAGUGGAAGAGGAGUUGGAUUCUCAAUAGAUUGAGUACUCUUAAAAGUUAAUUAUGUUUCUUAUAUCUAAUGAAAUGGAUCUACAAAACAUUGAGAUCCUAUCAAGUACUUGAUUCAAUGUGACAAGAAA